UCUCUUUGUUAUGAAUGGCAUUGCAUUGCACCAAUAAAAGUAAGGGAUACCUACAGACGCUAUUCCACCUAUUGGCCUGAGGUGCGGUAACAAGGCUAGGUUGCUCCACGUUUGGAGCUGUUGCGGAGACUCUCCCAGUUGCUAGUUCGAGGGAGAUUGAGGCUUAUAGUUUUUCUCUUAAAGUGAAACUGUCCGGGAAAGGCGUUUGUUUUUUUUUUCCGCUUUAAACAUAACCAAACAUCGGGUAAAAGCAGCAUAAAAGUUUUCUUUUUUUUUUCGGGGAAGCGGAUUUAAAGUUUUCAAGAUGCCGGUUUUCCAUACAAAGACGAUAGAGAGUAUCCUGGAGCCAGUGGCUCAGCAGAUAUCCCACUUGGUGAUAAUGCACGAAGAAGGGGAGGUGGACGGUAAAGCAAUCCCAGACCUAACUGCACCCGUAGCUGCAGUGCAGGCGGCUGUCAGCAACCUCGUCAGGGUUGGGAAAGAGACUGUUCAGACAACAGAGGACCAGCUCAUGAAAAGAGACAUGCCACCAGCUUUUAUUAAGGUUGAGAAUGCCUGUACUAAGCUGGUCCAGGCUGCCCACAUGCUGAAAACAGAUCCCUAUUCUGUGCCCGCUCGUGAUUACCUCAUUGACGGAUCCAGGGGAAUUCUCUCAGGGACUUCAGACUUGCUUUUGACUUUCGAUGAGGCUGAGGUUCGAAAAAUCAUUCGUGUGUGCAAAGGCAUUCUGGAAUACCUGACCGUGGCUGAAGUGGUGGAGAGCAUGGAAGAUUUAGUAACGUACACUAAAAACCUGGGACCAGGAAUGACAAAAAUGGCAAAAAUGAUUGACGAGCGCCAGCAGGAACUCACCCAUCAGGAACACAGAGUGAUGCUGGUGAACUCCAUGAACACUGUGAAAGAGCUCCUGCCAGUGCUAAUCUCAGCUGUUAAAAUCUUUGUGACAACGAAAAGUUCCAAAAGCCAGGGGGUUGAGGAGGCUCUGAAGAACCGCAACUUCACCGUGGAGAAGAUGAGCACUGAAAUCAACGAGAUCAUCCGCGUGCUGCAGCUCACCUCCUGGGACGAAGAUGCCUGGGCUAACAAAGACUCUGAAUCGAUGAAGAGAGCUUUGGCACUUAUUGACUCAAAGAUAAGUCAGGCGAAAGACUGGCUGAGAGACCCCAAUGCACAGUCAGGUGAUGCUGGAGAACAAGCCAUCCGGCAGAUUCUAGAUGAGGCUGGUAAAGUUGGAGAAUUGUGCGCUGGCAAAGAAAGGAGAGACAUCCUGGGAACUGCAAAAACUCUGGGCCAGAUGACUGACCAAGUGUCUGAACUGCGUGGCAGAGGUCAGGGGACCACCCCUGUAGCCAUGCAGAAGGCUCAGCAGGUCUCUCAGGGCCUGGAUCUGCUGUCAUCAAAGGUAGAAAAUGCUGCCCGAAAACUGGAGGCCAUGACCAAUUCCAAACAGGCCCUUGCCAAGAACAUUGAUGCUGCACAGAACUGGCUUGCAGAUCCCUGUGGGGGCCCAGAGGGAGAGGAACACGUACGCGGAAUCAUGUCUGAAGCGAAGAAAAUUGCAGACCUGUGUGAGGACCCCAAGGAAAGGGAAGACAUCCUGCGUUCCCUUGGGGAGAUCGCUGCUUUAACAGCCAAGCUCUCUGACUUGAGAAGGCAGGGAAAAGGCGACACUCCCGAGGCCAGGGCCUUAGCCAAGCAGAUUGCCACCACCCUGCAGAACCUGCAGUCCAAGACAAACAGAGCUGUGGCCAACAGUAGGCCUGUGAAGGCAGCCGUUAACCUGGAGGGCAAGAUUGAGCAGGCCCAGCGCUGGAUAGACAAUCCUAACAUUGAUGACCGUGGCGUGGGCCAGGCUGCAAUGCGGGGGCUGGUGGCUGAGGGCCGUCGCCUUGCCAACGCCAUGCUGGGCCCUUACCGGCAGGAGCUCCUUGGCAAGUGUGAUCGAGUGGAGCAGUUAAGUGCACACCUGGCUGAGCUGGCAGCGCGUGGGGAGGGAGAGAGUCCGCAGGCGCGGGCUGUUGCAGCUCAGCUCCAGGAAUCCCUAAAAGACAUGAAAUCAAAGAUGCAGGAAGCAAUGACCCAGGAGGUUUCGGAUAUCUUCAGUGACACCACCACCCCAAUUAAACUGCUGGCUGUGGCUGCCACAGCGCCCCCCGGAGCUCCAAACAGGGAAGAGGUGUUUGAUGAGCGGGCUGCCAACUUCGAACAUCAUGCUGCCAAACUUGGAGGAACAGCAGAGAAGGCUGCAGCUGUUGGAACAGCUAAUAAGAGCACCGUGGAAGGGAUCCAGGCUGCUGUGAAAUCAUCCAGAGAGUUAACACCACAGGUGGUGUCAGCUGCUCGCAUCUUGCUGAGGAAUCCUGGUAACCAGGCUGCCCAUGAGCAUUUUGAGACCAUGAAGAAUCAGUGGAUUGACAAUGUUGAAAAAAUGACGGGUUUGGUAGAUGAAGCCAUUGACACAAAGUCCCUGUUGGAUGCAUCCGAAGAAGCGAUUAAAAAGGACAUUGAUAAGUGCCGGGUGGCCAUGGCCAAUGUCCAGCCCCAGAUGCUUGUUGCUGGUGCCACUAGCAUUGCGCGCCGGGCCAAUAGGAUCCUGCUGGUAGCUAAGCGGGAAGUGGAGAACUCUGAAGAUCCCAAGUUCCGUGAAAUUGUAAAGGCUGCCUCUGACAAUCUGAGCAAAACCAUCUCCCCCAUGGUAAUGGAUGCCAAGGGUGUAGCUGGGAACAUCCAGGAUCCAGGUCUCCAGAAGAGUUUCCUGGACUCUGGAUACAGGAUUCUGGGAGCGGUAGCCAAAGUCCGAGAGGCCUUCCAGCCACAGGAGCCAGACUUCCCUCCACCUCCCCCUGACCUUGAUCAGCUGCAUUUGAAUGAUGAGCCUGCACCUCCUAAACCCCCUCUCCCAGAGGGUGAAGUGCCACCCCCCAGACCCCCACCCCCUGAGGAGAAGGAUGAGGAGUUCCCUGAGGAAAAGGCAGGCGAGAUGGUCAACCAGCAAAUGAUGGUGGCAGCCAGACAGCUGCAUGAGGAAGCUAGGAAGUGGUCCAGCAAGCCCGAUGUGACUGAGGGUAAUGAAGCCGCUGAGGCGGGUGUAGAUAUAGAUGAUGAGGAUGAUGCAGAUGAUGUUGAGUUUGCCCUCCCCUCAGACAAUGAAGAUGAUUAUGAGUCUGAGCUGUUCUUAAUGCCCACUGAUCAGUCGGUUAACCAGCCCAUUAUGGCCGCUGCUAAGUCUUUGCACCAAGAAGCACGCAAGUGGUCCAGUAAGGGAAAUGACAUCAUUGGCGCAGCGAAGCGAAUGGCCCUGUUGAUGGCAGAAAUGUCCCGUCUAGUGCGUGGCGUCACUGGAAACAAGCGUGCCCUUAUUCAAUGUGCCAAGGACAUCGCCAAGGCAUCUGAUGAGGUCACUCGACUGGCCAAAGAAGUUGCAAAGCAGUGCACUGACAAGCGAAUCCGAACAAACCUUCUGCAGGUGUGUGAACGUAUUCCGACGAUUAGCACACAGCUCAAAAUCCUGUCCACUGUCAAAGCUACCAUGUUGGGCCGCACUAAUAUCAGCGAGGAAGAGUCAGAGCAGGCGACAGAAAUGCUCGUUCACAACGCCCAGAAUCUGAUGCAGUCUGUCAAGGAGACAGUGAGAGAAGCUGAAGCUGCUUCCAUCAAGAUCCGUACGGAUGCUGGAUUCACCCUGCGCUGGGCCAGAAAGACUCCCUGGUACCAGUAAACUCCCCUCUAUGGGAUAUUUGAAGCAAAAAAAAAAAAUAUA